UUGUACUGCUUUCCCUGGGUUCAGACUGAACAGCAGUUAGAGGAAUCCCCAACCCACUCCAGCUGAGAGUCCCUUUUUCUUCCCCCUGACGAGCCCCUCAGCCCCCCGUUAUGCCCGUCCUCCCGGAAGAAGAGGAGGAUUCCCCUGAGGAGCUCGACAGUUCCUCCAGCUCACCCAGCACAUAUACACCAGUUGAAAGUAGAGCAGUUACCGUGGCGAUGCCUGCUCCCACCAUUGUCUUCCCAAAGCAAGCGACCGUGACCGUGGUCCAAGCAGACGGUCGCCCUCUGGAACAGACCAGACCACACAGUCCCAGAUCUCGCUUGUCCCGAAACUCCCUGGGAGGACCAAUCACUACCGUCGACAGUACAGGCAAUGUGAUAGACCUGGUGAAAGACCAUCUGCCUGAGCUGCAGCUCUCAGAGGAGGACCGUCAGAAGAACCUGGUGCUGCUGCAGGAAUCUAAGAAAGUCAGCGACCGCUUCCUGAGCCGCAGGGGUCGAAGGUCCACCUGCAGCCUCUCAGAAUCCCCCACAGGUCUUUCUCCUAACCACACACCAUCCUCCUCACCUGUACCGUCCAGAAGCAGCUCUCUUAUCACAGCCCCUCAAAUAGCUGUAGCCACAGAGGUGAACUAUGCCCCCUCAUCGCCUGUCAGCCUGAGAUUGGAGGUUCUGUCUACGAGGGAGCAGGCUGACACCAGUACACCAGAGCAUGAGAGCACCAGGAGGUUGGUGGACUGGAAGCCCAAUGAGAAGCGUAAGGUGUCCUCAGGCACCCUGGCUCCCCGCUACUCUGGCCCCCCACCCCCCAGGGAGCCCAAUGGGGGCCAGAAGGAGAACUGUGACCCCCGGGUAACAGCUAAGAAUUGCCUAGAACCAGUACUAGUCAAUAAGCCAGAGGAGGGUCUGGUUCGAGCCCCCAACCAGGCCCCUGCCACUGGGGUGGCCAAGCCUGUCCCUCGGCCCCCCACUCAACAGGCCCCCUGCACGGCAGAGAUCAAGACAAUCGGGGCCUUUCCUCCCCUCAUGAGAGCUGUGUCCUGGGACACUGUUGGAACCCUCAACGCCAGGAAUGGGGCACCAAGUCUCACCCCUACAAACGAGGAAACCUUCUCCUUUCAAGACAAGACUCGGGAUGCCCUGCUCAAGUCCUCUGGGUACAAGGACUUCCCUGUACAGCCUGUCAACGUGCAGAAGCUGUCCAAAAUAAGAGAGGAGCACAAGCUGAUGCGGAACCAAAGCAUUGUGGGGUCAAAGUUGGCAGACUUGUGUGAAACAGCUGAACAGGAAAGAGGGUCUCCUACUGAUGAGGAGGCUAAAGAGAAGUCAGACGCCAUGCCCAACAUCUCAGACAUCAUGCUGAGGAAACUCAAACUGCACAGAGGGCUACCAGGCUGUGCACCUCCACUCACGGAAAAAGAAGUUGAGAAUGCAUUUGUUCAACUGUCGCUGGCGUUCCGGAACGACAACUACACUCUGGAGACACGGCUCAAACAGGCGGAGAGGGAGCGGACCCUGACCGAGGAGAACACGGAGAAGGAACUGGAAGAAUUCAAAGGCUCUCUGAAGUGCACGGCACCACAGUGGAGUAACAUGGAGCAGCGGGAGUCUUACCAGUGCCUCAUAGAGACAGUAGCAGUACUGCACCGUCUGGCCACCAGGCUCUCCAGCAGAGCUGAGAUGGUUGGAGCAGUCAGACAGGAGAAACGUAUGAACAAGGCCACAGAGGUGAUGAUGCAGUAUGUGGAGAAUCUGAAGAGGACCUAUGAGAAGGACCACGCUGAGCUGAUGGAGUUCAAGAAGCUAGCCAACCAGAACUCCAGUCGCUGCUAUGGAGGAUCCAUAGACACUGGAGAUGAUGGAGUCCCACGGCCAUCCAGAUCAAUGUCGCUGACCCUGGGAAAGGCUUUGCCCAGACGGAGGGUCAGUGUUGCGGUAGUCCCCAAAUUUAACCUCCUGAACAUCCCUGGUCAGCCCCCGGUCAUGGCAGGACCCGGCCCCAGCGUUGCCAUGGGACCCAGCCCCCAACCAACCAUGGGCCAAGCACUUCCUGUCCUGUGUGAAGCCAACAGUGUGAAAAGCAACUUUCCCACAGAGCCGACACAUCCAGCUAUAGAUGAGAGUGGAAAGAGCGUGGCAGAGCAGGAAGCUGAGCCAUCUGCCCCAGCCAAGCCCUCCGUCAACCUAGAGGAGAUCAGAUCAGAGAUCAGAUCAGAGAUCAAGGCAAAGAUCGAGGAGGAGGCCUACAAUAAAGGCUACCAAGAGGGACUGAAGAGAAGCAAAGAAAUCAAAGAGGUGGAGGAAGAGGAGGAGAAAGUAGAGGAAAAGCCAGAAAAGAAGUAUGAAGGAAAAGGAAAAGAAAUCAUCAGAAAAGAAAAGUUCAGCAGUAAGGUUGAAGAGGUCCUAGUUGUCCUUGACCGGCUUUGCCCCAAGAUUUUCCGCGGUAACCGACUUCUCUGGAUUGUUUUAACUUUGUUCCUGGUCACGUUUCUGGUCGUCAAUGUUUUCACAUACUUUAGUGAUCGCUAUAAUAACCAUGGGGACAUGUCGGCAGAAAAAGCCAUGGUCCAGGACAAGAAGAAGAUCUUUGAACUGAAUGUAGGAGGACAGCCAAAGAGUCCCACUCCAGAAUAACAAAGAGCCUGUCUCAUACUUCUCUCAGUCCACAGACGAUUCUUUCCAUGAUACAUCACCAUACAAGAGCUGAACUUGAAUAUAGGGUUUUGAAGGGUUUGGCGAUGUAUCUUUGGGAGCGUUUAUAGAGGUUUUUUUUAUUGGUUUCAGAGGACAAGCCCUCUAAUGAUCAUAAACUUUAUCAAGGCAUAUUUAUGUCGUGUUAGGAAAGCUGCCCAAGUGUUUGUGAUGGUGAUAUAUGAUUGUUGCUUUGGGGGCCAAGUAUAAUAGUGUGAUGAAAUAUUUUCUUAUGUACAGUGAGAUCCAGGACUUUGGAUUUUAAAUGAUACAAUGACUAUGAGGUUAAAAUGCAGACUGUCAGCUUUAAUAUGAGGGUAUUUUCAUCCAUGCCAGGUGAACUGUUUAGAAAUUACAACACUUUUUGAACACAGUCCCCCCAUUUCAGGAAGCCAGAAGGUUUUGGACAAAUUCACUUAUAUGAGUAUUAUAGAAGUCCACAGUGUAGUAUUUGGCAUAUGACUCUACUAAUCUGUUGGAUGCAUUCACAGUUUGUUUCAGUUGUGUUUCAGAUUAUUUAGUGCCCAAUAGAAAUUUAUGGUAAAUAAUGUAUUGUGUCAUUUUGAUGUUAUAAAUAAGAAUAUAAUAUUAUAAUAUGAAUAUAAUAACUCUUCUACUUUAAUAUGGAUGUUACCAUGAUUGCGGAUAAUCCUGAAUGACACAAUGAACAGAAUGAACAGGGAGGAUUAGCAUUUUGGGGGUUAUGAUAUUUACACCUCAGUAACUUUCACACUCAUCAUUAUUCAUGAUUCAUUCAUAGUUUUCCGUAAUCAUGGUAGCAUCCACAUUCAUUUAAAUGUGUUUAGAAACAUUAUUAUUUACAAUAAUAUUUACUCCAUAAUACACAAUACAUUAUUUAACAUUCAUUUCUAUUAGGCACUGAAAAUGCAUUCAACAAGUUUGUAUUCACGAGCUUGAUGUAGUCAUUGCUUGCUAUGAAUAUGGGACCAAAUACUAAACUUUUGACUACUUGUUACACAUAGAAGUGAAUUUGUCAAAUUUGUUUUGGUUCCCUAAAAUGGGGGGACUAUGUACAAAACAGUGCUGUAAAUUUUAAUGGAUGAAACACUAUGUAUUCACAAUGUAUUGUUCUUAUUCCGUGUCCUACUCUGAAUGUCAUCCUGGAGGACUGAAUGUGGCCCCAUGGGCGAAAAUGGAAGAUUCCUGAUGAGUUCCCUAAGACAAAUGUCACAGGCGACAUUAAACUAAUGUACAUUCAUCUACCACUCUGUUAUUUUAUGUUCAUUCUCUCAGGUCCAGUAAGAGGACAUCCCCUGAAGAGAUUUACAAAGAUAUUUAAAGACAUAGAUAUGUUUUUUUGUUUUUAUCUUUAGUAAAAAUAUCUAUAUUUGUGGUAUUUAAGCAGAUACUUUUUGGAAAAUCUAUAAUAUAAACACAUUCCAAAGUAGUUCCUCAAGUACAAUAUUUAGCACCUGAUGGUUCUUGUUUGUUUGUGUUGUUACUGUGUUGGUUUGCGUCCUCCGAGCCUUGAAAGAUUUCCUUAAUGUACGAGAGCACUUUUAGACAGCAUGAGAAAUCUUCUUCCCGCAUGCGUGCCAGGGUUUUCUGUUGGGUCAUUUUCGCCUUGAAAUAAAGGUACCUUAAAACUCGCAGCAUUCAUUUCCAUAGUGAGUAAUGUAUGUCAGACAGACAGGUGCAAUUUCCAUGAAGCAAACAGGUGUGUUUGCAGUGUUCUCAUGCUAACCUCCCAUAUCAGUCGUUUCCUUGGAUGAAUGAGUGACACAGUAAUUGUAUUUUUCAGCACAGCGCUUGUUCUCUUCCUCCCUGCACUUAUGAAAAUGAAAGAUAUUUUGAACCUUUCAUAUCUCUCAGGAAACCACUUAUGUAAUCUACUUGGCUCCAUUAAGCUGUAGCUGAAUUGUGUCAAGGCUGCUUGAGUGAUUCUCUCUAUUUUAAUAUUAAAUUAAUGUCACAAAAUGAAAUAUAAAUGUUCUCUUUAGAUGUCAAUUUUUGGGGAUGUUUAAAUGUCACUGACUCUUCUCAUACAGCAAACAACUACUUUUGCUUAUUUUUCAGUUCAGCCUGCGUCAUUUUUGCUUAUUCUGUAUUCAUAUGUUUUUUUUUGGCAGUCUCCCAAUUUGACGUGCCUAUCUAUUAAAACAAAUUUCCCUCAUG